AUGAUGCUGGCGGGUGCUUCCAUUGCGGUGAACGCCGCUGUCACCACACGGAAAGCGGUGAGCUUUCUCAAAGAGGUGGCGCACAUUGAGGACGAAGGUUACUUCCUCUGGAAAUUGGUCGACUCCGUGAGCGGUCCUCUGGAGGUGGCUGUUCAGCUAGCUACACGCUAUGAGGCGUGCCAGAUUCUUGAGCCGUCGAUUGCAUUGAUGCGUUUUACCUUGCGACAAGUGGAGCUGGUUCUCGAAAGAGAUGAUGACGAGCAAGGAAGACCUGAAGAUAAGGCAGGUUGGAGCACUUGGCUGUUGAGCAAAACCGACGGCCUCACGCGGAAGCAGCGCAUCUUGGAGCUUCAACCCAAGCUGGCACACGCCUUACAGGCCUUGCAUGCAGGCUUGACCACCGUGAUGCUGCGAGCUCCUGGUUUGCGGGCGAGCUCUCCCUUCAGAUAUUUGGAUGCCGCCGCAGAUGAUGCCUACAAGCUGAUUCAAGAGUUCGAGUUUGGUCGCCUGCUGGACGGCCGAGCGGUCGCUGCAGGGAAGAUCCAUGUGGGACCGGGAGAUGACUCGAACCCUCAGGUCUGGCAGGAGUUGGGGCCAUGUGAACUUCGGCUCCUUUUCUACAAUGGCUUCAGCCUACAUUUGCGGCCUUUGGUGUCGGACCAAGUGGACUGGGAUCCCAUCAAGCUGCCCAUCCACUCUGGGGCCUUUCAACUGAGACGGACCCUCAAGACGAAGGUGCCAGGGAUGGAUUGCUCACCACAGGAUGAGCAGGUAUUGAGCUAUUGGAUCUUCGCACAGACGCAGAAGAGUUACCUGCUGGAGUUCGAGUCCAUGGGACGUUUGGCAGCCGAAACCUUCGAGCUGCUUCUCAUGAUGGUGGAGAAGUGCAAUGGUGGAGAACAGCUCUUGGCCGAGAGUGUUGAUUUGGAUGCCUUCCAAUUAUACAUGGAAAGAGCAGGCUUCAAAUAUUCUGGCGAUGAGUUCCUGUGA